AUGGAGUUUUCUGGUUGGAAAGUGCGUUCUUCUUCAAGAAGGUCAACAGAUUAUUUUGUAUAUGAUAAUGACUUUCAGUGCAACUGCAGAUUGAUGUGCAUUAAAUGCAGGGCUUGCAUUCAUAGGUCUUCUUGUACAUGUAUUGACUAUACCAUCAAAUGGAAUAUGUGCAAGCACAUACAUAGUGUUUGCCAGAUUCAGUUAAAGCAGCAACCUUCUGAACACCUAAGAAAUAGUGAAGUUACACUUACGGAGAGUGAAGAUAUUUCUGUUGUAGACGAGAAAACAGAAAUACUAGCGGAGGUAACGAAAAAAAGUGUUAAUGAUUCUGUACCUUUGUCAGUCCAAAGAAGGGAACUUAUCACAGAGUUUUCUGGUAUUGUAUCUGAGCUGACCUCAAAUGACUUGGAAACUGCUAAAAAAAUGUUAUCAUCACUAAAGGCAACUGUAGCUCUCGGAAUGUUGCAGCAAAAACAGGCACUGCUGCAAAUAGAAAGGAAUCAAUCACAAAAGAUUUUACCUCAACGUAGACUGUACUCUACAAAGAAAAUCAAAAGGAGUAAUAAUGCAUCCCUGGUGCUACCAAAUUCAGAAGAAUCCAGUUUGAUCAAAUUAUCUCUACUGGCAGACAAAGAAGAUGCACUUGUGGAAAAAGGUUCAGCUGUUCAAAAGCAACCAACAAUAAAAAAUACAGAGGGUGUAGCAGCUCCAUUCCCCAUUACAGCAUGUGCCCUACAGCACAGCCCGACGAAUCUUCUGCUUGCAGGCUCAACUCCCAUGAUUCAGCCAAUAGCAAAACAGGCUGAGGUGGUAUCUAGUCCGUCUCUCGCUACAUCGUAUGUGCUGAAACAAAGCCCGAGGAAUAGCUCAACUUCCACAAUUCAACCAAUACCAAAACAGGCUGUGGUGGUACCACAUCCAUCCAUCGGUACAGUGCGUGUGUUGCUACACAGCUCAACAAAUGGUGCUGUUCUCCCACAUUUAAACCAGUGACAGGGCAGGAUAAGAUGGUAUCAGUGCCUUCCCUUACUACAGCGCAUGUUCUGCAACACGGCUAUGGAAUGCAACCUGUGAUGCCAGGAAACUCACAGAUAAACUAAAUCAUAUGCCACAUGUCGAGCACCAUUGUGUUUGGAAGUUCCACUGUUCUGUGUGCGAACAGUUUUGGAAGUUUGGAUGAAUCAAGUUUCUGAAACUGACUGGAAAGAAACUUAAUUUUCAAAAACUAAGAUUUUAUUGCAAUUCAUGAUACUGUGAAAUAUUUUUAUAAUUGCUGUACAUUCAGCUAAAAGUUACAGUAAAAUUUUCUUGUAAGUUAUGCCUGCAGAAACUUUUGUACUGAAUUUAAUCUUUUCUUUUGGUUUAUAAUUUUGAUUUAAAAUCUAUUUUCUGUUUAUAUAUGAAGUUUCAAUUGUGUAUCUUAAUAUUUGUAGCUGAUGUGUAGAAUAUUUGAAAACUUUUUUUUCAUGUUCUGUAUGUU